UCCGUCAGUUCUCUAGUGGCCGGUUUGAGAAGGACUGCCACGAGAGUCAAAAAAAAAUCAUAUUUUAUUCUGCAAAUUUAUCCAUCGACGCUUGCGCUAUUCACAUUUAGAACGAGAAUCUGCUACACUGACGAAGAUAACAACGAUGUCGUAUUGUACGCGAAUUAUAAGUGCACAGAAAUUUGCUGUCUUUGCAACAGAAAUCCAACAAAGAUGCUUCAGUGCAAGUCCUUUAAGCUUUGGCGCUGCGAAAGUAGCUAUGUCAAAGUUCGACAAGACAAGCUACUUACCAUAUGAAAAAUUAGAAAAUACUUUAAAGGUUGUUAAAAAAAGAUUGAACCGGCCAUUGACAUUGUCUGAAAAAAUAUUAUACUCUCAUCUCGAUGAACCCAAUAAACAAGAAAUCGAACGUGGUACAAGUUAUCUUAGAUUGCGUCCAGAUCGUGUUGCGAUGCAAGAUGCAACUGCACAGAUGGCUAUGUUACAGUUUAUCAGUUCUGGCUUACCAAAAGUAGCAGUUCCAUCGACCAUUCAUUGUGAUCAUUUAAUCGAAGCUCAAACUGGUGGAGAUGCAGAUUUAAAGCGAGCAAAAGAUAUCAACAAAGAGGUUUACACCUUUUUGAAAACAGCUGGUGCUAAAUACGGAGUUGGUUUUUGGAAUCCUGGUUCGGGUAUCAUUCAUCAGAUUAUUUUGGAAAAUUAUGCUUUCCCCGGUCUAUUAAUGAUUGGUACUGAUUCUCAUACACCAAACGGAGGUGGCUUGGGAUGCCUAUGUAUUGGUGUGGGUGGUGCAGAUGCUGUUGAUGUAAUGGCAAAUAUACCAUGGGAAUUGAAAUGUCCUAAAGUUAUUGGAGUUAAAUUGACAGGAGGUUUAAAAGGAUGGACCAGUCCGAAGGAUAUUAUUUUGAAGGUAGCUGGUAUUCUAACCGUUAAAGGAGGUACAGGUGCUAUUGUUGAAUACUUUGGACCCGGUGUUGACAGUAUCAGCUGCACUGGAAUGGCAACAAUUUGUAACAUGGGUGCUGAGAUCGGUGCUACUACAUCUGUAUUCCCUUAUAAUUAUCGUAUGCAAGAUUAUCUUAAGUCAACGGGUCGUGGUGAAAUAGCCAGUGAAGCUGAUAAAUAUAGGGAAAAACUUUUAACUGCUGAUUCUGGCGCUAAAUACGAUCAGAUUAUCGAAUUGGAUCUUUCCACCUUGGAACCACAUGUCAACGGACCAUUUACACCUGAUCUUGCUCAUCCUAUUUCUAAAUUAGGUGAAACCGCUAAAAAGAAUGGUUGGCCUAAUAAAAUCGAAGUUGGUCUUAUCGGCUCAUGCACAAAUAGUUCUUACGAAGAUAUGGGUCGUUGUGCAAAUAUUGCUAAACAAGCUUUAAAACAUGGAUUAAAAGCAAAAUCUACAUUUAAUGUUACGCCAGGAUCCGAACAAAUUCGUGCUACAAUUGAACGUGACGGAAUUGCAGAGAUUCUUCGAGAUUUUGGUGGCAUCGUACUUGCUAAUGCUUGCGGCCCUUGCAUCGGUCAAUGGGAUCGCAAGGACGUUAAAAAGGGAGAGAAGAAUACUAUUGUUACGUCUUACAAUCGUAAUUUUACAGGACGUAAUGAUGCCAAUCCUGCAACUCACGCAUUUGUUACAAGUCCAGAACUCGUUACUGCCCUAUCUAUUGCUGGUAGAUUAGAUUUCAAUCCCAUGAAAGAUAAAUUGAAAGGAAAUGAUGGCAAGGAAUUUCUUUUGGAUAAUCCCUUUGGCGAUGAACUUCCUAACCGUGGAUUUGAUGCUGGUGUAGAUACAUAUGAUUCACCUCCCGCAGAUGGUGGCAAAGUAAAAGUUGAUGUAGAUGCGAAAAGUCAAAGAUUACAAUUACUAGAACCAUUUGACAAAUGGGAUGGCAAAGAUCUUACAGAAUUGACUGUUCUUAUUAAAGUAAAGGGAAAAUGCACCACUGAUCACAUUUCGGCAGCUGGACCUUGGCUUAAAUAUCGUGGUCACUUGGACAAUAUUUCAAACAAUAUGUUUAUUGGAGCUGUUAAUUCAGAAAAUGGUGAAGUUAAUAAAAUAAAGAAUCAAUUAACUGGUGAGUGGGGUGCAGUACCUGAUGUAGCAAGACAUUAUAAGAAAAAUGGAGUUAGAUGGGUCGCUGUUGGUGAUGAAAAUUAUGGCGAGGGUUCUUCUCGCGAACAUGCUGCUCUUGAACCACGCCAUUUAGGAGGUCGCGCCAUUAUUGUAAAAAGUUUUGCACGUAUUCAUGAAACGAAUUUGAAGAAACAGGGAUUACUGCCUUUAACGUUUGCCAAUCCCAGUGAUUAUGACAAAAUUCAACCUACAGAUAAAAUCAGUCUUCUUGGACUGAAUAACAUAGCUCCUGGCAAGCCUGUGAAAGCAGAGAUCAAACACAAAGAUGGAAAGGUUGAUGUGAUUAGUUUAAAUCACACAUUAAACGACCAACAAAUAGGUUGGUUCAAAGCUGGCUCCGCUUUGAACCGUAUGAAGGAAAUUGCCACGGGAAAAUAAGAUCAUUAUUUUCUUGUAAAAAGAAAGUGAAUAUAAAAUGUCAAAUUGAGAAACGUACAUAAUUUUAUCUAGUUAUGCAUAGAUCGUUUAUAAACCACUCAAAAACAGUUCAAUGUUACAGCAUUGUUGUAUUCAUAGGUUUUACUCUUCAUUAGAACUGUUUCAACUUCAUUAAUGUAGAUAUGUAAAAUUUAAACGAUACUUCCGAUUAAUUUUCAGGAUACCUUAAAGUAUAUAAUGAAUUAUCAAAAGAACAUAUUCCAUAGA